UAUUCUUAUGUCAAAAUGCAUUUAUUUAUUUUUUUAAAUUCACUUAGUCCAUGUUUUGGUUCCACGUUUGUUGAACCGACGCUCUUAUUCUGAAAAACCAAGCGGAAGCGUGGUGUUAGCAGCGUGUGAGGUAAACAAAGGCCGCUGUCCGAUGUCCGCAGAGCCUGUGUCAAAGGAAAUAGCAGAUUCCAAGCAACCGACUCUGAUGAUUAUGGAGAAUGAUGGACAACCCGACAGCAAAUAAGAACCACAUACCCUGUCGGUCAUGGGUGGGCCAGAAUGGCUGGUCCACAACUUCAACUCAUGGACCCCUCCUCAACGCACUGACCGGCUCUCAGCACCUGACUUUGGGCUCUUCAUCUGAACAGAGACCCUCCUACGACCACCUGCAGACGUCCAGUCAGAGCUGUUUGAGCGACCUCUGCGCCUUGUCAUCCACGAACAGCGCUCAUCACUCUACCCUGUACAAAGCAUCUCACAUUAGCAGCAGUCCGUCAUCCACCACAUUAUUUGCCAGCACUGCUGCCCCGAGUGCCUCUCCUCAUAUUUCCUUUGCUCAGCAAAGCCUUCAUACUUCAUCAGUGCUGCUCGCUUCAAACCAACAAAAGACUAUACCUCCACCAUCUCUUCCCCAGCCAAACCAAGGAUUACAGCCCUGCAGGCCCCAACAUUUACCACUUCUCUUGCCCCAUGACCCUUACAAAGAGUCAUUUCGACCUCCAUUAUCCAGUCAGGGUUUACCAAGUGGACUUCAGGAUCUACCUAUGAGCCUGCCAUCAUGUGAACAACAUGUAAAUACAACUCAAGCUGCUUUGGAAGGAACAAAUCUGGAGUCUGCUGGUGUUGCUAGACACACUCACAGCUAUGGCCCAUCCACUUCUCAGGAGCAACCUCAGUGGAUGCCUUCAUCACACUGCAGAGGAGCUGUAAACGAGUCUGUCCCUGAUGUAGAUGCUCAUUCUAACAUUGAGCCAUCACAUGAUAACAUCAUUCCACGGGCCAGCAAUGAGAGCCGGCGUUCGAUUCUUUUACAGCAGCGUGCACAGCUGCUUAAACAGCUGGCAGAGAUGGAUAAACUUCUGGAAACAAUACCUCCAGAUGACAGCAGUGAUGGGCAGUCUCUGCACACAGGUAUUCAGUCUCCUCCAUCGACGGAUGAAUCGUCUCAACGUGAACAAAUUAAGAACAACAAUGCACAGAAAGUUCAUCAGUCUGCAGGAAAGUCAAAGUCACAUCUUUCAGCGUGUAGUUCAUCAAAUGAUGAACACGAUGAGACCUGUGAAAUGUCAGAUGAUCCAGUGUCAGCAGGACAAUUAGAGAAAAGGGAAGAUACUUCAGCCGAAUCAGGGGAUGACAGUGAUCCUGACUACUUACCCAAAAUUGAUGGGGACUUCUCUGAUUUCCAAUCUGAAACUGAAUUGGUCUCUGCUGAUGAAUCUAGUCGCACCAGUUCCUCAACCCCCACGCACGAAAGACCUUCUCUCCCAUCAAAAAGAAAGGCUAAAUCAGGAAGUUCUUUGUGUGAGGAUGAAGGCGUCAGUCCUAAAAAGUCAUGCACAACUAAUCAGAAGAAGUACUCUGAAGCUGUGGUGUUGCCGACUUCAAAUUCGAAAGCACAACGCGUUUACGACAGGAGGAAUUACUGCGUGUUUUGCUCAAAGCCGUUAGCCAAAAUGGCUCGGCAUUUCGAGACAGUUCACAGCGACAAAGCAGAGGUCGCGGUUGCAUUUCAGUAUCCCAUACAUUCCAGAGAAAGACAAAAGAUAUGGAACAAACUAAUAAAUCAAGGAAACUUUGCACAUAAUAAAGACGUUUUGAGAACAGGGAAGGGACAUCUUGCUGUCCGAAAAAGACCAAAAAAAACUGCACAAGCCAAAGACUUUCUUCAUUGUCUUUACUGUCGAGGUCUUUAUGUGAAGAAAGCUUUGUACAGACACAUGAGAGUAUGCCCAGAGAACGUGAGGAAUGAAGAUGAAUCACAGUUUCGACGAAAGCGCAUUGCAUCGAGGUGUGUGCUCGAAACUUUAGGAGAUCUUGGCGUGAGCGAUGGUUUUAAGAGCGUUCUGUGUGAGAUGAUAUACGAUGAUGUAACACAAGCUGUCAUGGAUGACAAGAUUAUCUUGCAGUUUGGAGAGCAAAUGUUUAAUCAGUACGGAUCUGAUGUGAAGAAGCAUGAUUAUAUAAGACAAAACCUCCGUCAGAUAGCAAGACUUGUGCUUGAAGCUCAAAAAACAACCCCUCUGAAGAACCUGGAGGACUUCUUUUACCCCUCAAGCUUCCGACAUGUGGUGUCCGCCGUGAAAGUCCUGGCCCGCUACGACCCAGACAACAAAACAUUCAACGUUCCUUCACUUGCCCUCAAGAUUGGCUACCACCUGCAGAAGGCCUGUUGUAUCGUUGAGAGUAACGCAGUGAAGUGUGGUGAUGCAAGUCUGGCAGAGUCUGCGCGGAACUUCCUCUCCAUGUACCAGAAGAAAUGGAAUAAGCUCAUUUCCUCUGGUGCAUUGACAACUCUCAAAGAAACAAAACUGACCACAGAAAAGAAGGUGCCGUUUGCUGAAGAUGUAAAGCGCCUGAACUACCACAUGGAAGAAGUUCAUCAUCUUGCUGAGGAAAAACUCAGAGACAGCCCUUCUGCAGAAAACUAUGCCGCUCUGUCCAGGGUAAUACUUGCUCGGACAAUCAUUUUCAACAGGAGGAGACCCGGAGAGGUAUCAGCGAUUCAGCUAUCAUCUUUUAUGUCACGGGAAAAGUCAGACGUGCUUGAUGACAUGGACGUAUCCGUCUCAGAUUUGGAAAGAACCAUGUGUGGGUUCUUCACCAGAGUCGACAUACGAGGGAACUGUGGGAGGAUGGUCCCUGUUUUACUAAAACCGUCAUUCGUUUCAGCUUUGGAGCUUCUCGUAAAGAUUCGCGAGACAUGUGGAGUCCCCAAAACGAAUCCCUUUCUCUUUGCCCGCCCGAAUGCAAUGUCUGCCUACAAAGGCUCAGAGUGCAUCCAACAGUAUGUCAAAGAAUGUGGAGCUAAAAACCCUGAAGCUCUGACGUCAAAGAAGAUCCGGAAUCAUUACGCAACAAUGCUACAGCUGAUGAACCUGGAUGAAGAUGAAGCCGACCAAAUUUUAGGCCCUAAUAAUCAAGUCCGAACCCUGCGCCAGAGCAGCGACAUGCAGCUGGAUGAUGUCGAAAUGGACUCAGAAGUGACAUUACAACCUGAAGCAAGGCAACAAGCUGCAUCAUGGGAUCACUCUGAGUUCUCCGGGGCAUCCUAUGAACCGGCAGAUUUCUACCAUCAACAAGCACAUGGAGUAACAGCAGGCGCCAACAUGACUGUAUCUCAAAAAUCUGUCAACUCAGGCAACAAAGGGUCUCAGAGUAAGGGCAAACAUAAAUGGGAGGAAGCCGAGGUCCGGGCUGUUGAAAGGCACAUGAUGCGUUUCAUUCAAGGACACAAGGUGCCGCAGAAAAACGACUGCAUCCAGUGUCUUGAGGCUGAGCCAAAAGCACUGAGGACCCGUUCAUGGAAAGGUGUUAAGGACUACGUCAGAAACAGGAUCACUGCCCUAAAAAGACAAAGUGGCACGUCCCAGGCUUCAUCCACAAACAGUUAGAGGCCAGAGCAAGUGGAACCACAGCAAAGGACUGGACAUUUUCAGUGGUCUUAUUUUAUAUUUUAUUCAUGGUAAAACCUCUGUUGUUUAACUUUUCCCUCUUCCAUUUUCUCAUCCUUCACCUCCCUCUCCCUCACUUUUUCAUUUUUUUUUAUCAGUCUCCAUCUUUUUCAGCAUUUCAGUUCAUUGCAGUGGCCAAGCACAGUUUGAUAAUUGUUUUUCAUUUUUUAUUUUUGUGGCUUGCAGUUGUUCUCAGUCAUCACUCUUAACCUGAUCUGAUUACAGAAUUCCUUUCUCUGUGAUUUUACUGGCAAAUGAAGUGUUGUACAGAGUUAGCUGUUGAAUAUUUUUUAAGUUUUGGAGCUGCAGGUUUAACUUCUGUGGCCAAGUUAUCUGGUAUAUAUUUGGUUGCUCAGUUUGGUAUACUAGUAUAUGGUAUUUUGUUUGAUUUUGUAUAACAAUUUACCAAUAAUAAAAUGCCAGGAAUAAUAUUUUAGCGAUUUAUUUGUGAACAAAAGACAAAAAAACACUAUUUUGUGGAAUAGAGGUUACUCAUCUUUUGUUUUUCCAGUCAUUUAUUUCUGUAAUUCAAUUUCUGUAGUUGCAUAAUAAUGCAACUACUCAAGAAACUGUAGAAA